AUGGAGAAAAGGGUCACGCAACAGCAAAGAAUCAACAAUUGGGGUAGAGGUAUCCCUAAACAUAAAAGAAACGUGAAAACGUUUGGACGAGGAAAUUGGGAGGCCGAAAUUCGUCGGCAUGAAGAGUACAUCAAGAAAUUUGACCUUUUUAAUUAUGCAAUCAUUGAAAAUUGGGAAGAGGAAAUUCGUCAGCAUGAAGAAUGCAUCAGUAAAUCUGACUUCAUUAAUUAUCCAAUCACUGAAAAUUGGGAAGAGGAAAUUCGUCAGCAUGAAGAGUACAUCAAGAAAUUUGACCUCAUUAAUUGCCCGAUCACUGAAAAUUGGGAAGAGGAAAUUCGUCAGCAUGAAGAGUACAUCAAGAAAUUUGACCUCAUUAAUUACGCGAUCACGGAUAAUUGGGAAGAGGAAAUUCGUCAGCAUGAAGAGUACAUCAAGAAAUUUGACCUCAUUAAUUACGCAAUCACGGAUAAUUGGGAAGAGGAAAUUCGUCAGCAUGAAUUAUGCAUCAAUUAG